AUGCAUAGCUGCCAUGAGCAUGCGGCUUCCUACUACUACACCCGCGACUUCAACUCGACCCACCCCCGCACACAACCAAGCAUUGCGCCAAUGGACCUUGGAGAUGAAGAGAGCUCCCCGUGGGGAGAUGUGCCCUCACGGUCGAGCCCUGCGCCGAGUGCGUCCAAGGUAGAGCAGAACGACACGCUCGACACCGACUCUCCCGCGCCCUCCACCAAGCCGUCUGCAGACCCGGCCCCUACUGCUGCCUCUGCUCCGCGCUCACCCGCUGGACGCGGUCCCCGACGGCGGCAGUAUGGCCUGCAGUCCACCAAACUCGAGGCUGUCGAUGAUCCCCUGGGCCCUCUAGGCGCUCCCUCGCCGACGACAGGCACCGAGAUUGCCCCUCCAGCGCCGCCUCAGAAAGAAGCCGCUGCGUCGCGCAACACUCGUCCCGCGCCGGGCGGCGCCUCUACGCCUUCGCUACGCGGCAUGAUGGAUUCCGUCGACCUCGAUGACGACAACGACGAGCAGCAGCCCUCCUCUCAAGCCAGAAUACCGCCUCCAGUCCAGGCGCCGUCUUCCACCGCACCUCAGCGCCAGACACAGCCGAGCGUCAGCGUUGAGCAGGCCGCUAAGCCGUCCUUUGCCAUCUCUGUAGGCGACCCUCACAAAGUCGGUGACCUCACGAGCUCGCACACAGAAUACGCCGUCACUACCAAGACGACUUCCAAGGGCUACCGCAAACCCGAAUUCACCGUCUCGCGCCGUUACCGUGAUUUCCUCUGGUUAUACACACAACUGCACAACAACAACCCCGGAGUUAUUAUUCCUCCGCCGCCAGAGAAGCAGGCUGUUGGUCGCUUUGAAGCUGAUUUUGUCGAGUCACGACGCUCUGCUCUGGAGCGCAUGCUUAACAAGGCCGCUGCUCAUCCAGUGUUGCAACAUGACAGUGACUUGAAGCUGUUCCUUGAAAGCGAAGCCUUCAGCAUGGACAUCAAGAACAAGGAGCGCAAAGACCCCGGUCUCACUGAGAGCAAAGGCAUGUUUGGCUCCAUGCUCUCUGGUAGCAGUGGUAAAUUCGUGGAACACGAUGACUGGUUCCAUGACCGUCGAAUCUAUCUCGAUGCUCUUGAAGCGCAGCUAAAGGCUCUUCUCAAAGCUACAGAUGCUGUAGUCACACAACGGAAAGGUCUAGCCGAGGCUUGUGGAGACUUCUCGGCUUCUCUACAUUCUCUAUCCGCUGUUGAGUUAUCGCCAUCUUUGUCCGCGCCGCUUGAUAGUCUGUCCGACAUUCAGAUUCGCAUUCGUGAGCUUUACGAGCGUCAGGCCCAGCAAGACAUACUCACCAUGGGCAUCGUAAUAGACGAGUACAUUCGUUUGAUAGGUUCCGUAAAGACCGCGUUCCAGCAGCGACAGAAGGCCUAUCAUUCCUGGCAUUCUGCUGAGCAGGAGUUACAGAAGCGGAAAACGAAUCAGGACAAGCUUUUGAGGCAAGGCAGAUCGCAGCAAGAUCGUCUGAACCAACUCAGCGCCGAUGUUGCAGACGCUGAGCGAAAAGUUCAUCAAGCAAGGUUGCUCUUCGAUGACAUGGGUCGGCUGAUGCGUAGCGAACUAGAACGUUUUGAGAGGGAGAAGGUCGAAGACUUCAAGUCAGGCGUCGAAACGUUCCUGGAAAGUGCUCUCAUCGAGAUCUGGGAAACUUUCCUGAUGCAGCUAGAUACGGACGAAGGCGAUACUUUCGUCCCUCCUGCAGGUGUCGUCGCUUCUGCAAAUGCCGACCAGACAACAAGUCACGAUUCUGCCAACAAUCAAGACUCAGAAAGACGAGAAUAUUAUAUUGCAACGUCCACGUUCGAGUGGUAUCCAGGAGUACAGAUCCAUCACUCGACAGAUCUCGCCAACUGGGAGCUCCUAUGCCGCCCUUUGAAUAGGAAAAGCCAACUGGACAUGCGCGGUGAUCCCGAUAGUUGCGGGGUGUGGGCGCCUUGUCUUACACAUGACGGUGACAAGUUUUGGCUGGUGUAUACCGACGUAAAACGCAAAGAUGGCUCAUUCAAAGAUACGCCCAAUUACAUUGUCACUGCUGAUCGCAUCGAGGGUCCGUGGUCUGACCCUGUUUACAUCAACUCCUCAGGAUUUGACCCGUCCCUAUUUCACGAUGACGAUGGCACGAAAUGGUUCGUGAACAUGCUACAAGACCAUCGAAGGCGUCCGCGGUUCUUCGCUGGCAUCAGGCUACAGCAAUACGAUGCUGAAGCGAAAAAGCUUGUCGGCCCGUGCAAGACCAUCUUCCCCGGUACUGAUCUGGCUCUUGUAGAAGGCCCACAUCUACACAAGCGGAACGGAUGGUACUACUUGUUGACUGCUGAAGGUGGCACAGCAUACGAGCACGCCUGCACUUUGGCGCGAUCCCGGGAUAUCUGGGGCCCAUACGAACUUCAUCCUCAAAAGUACAUACUUACUUCCAAAGACGCACCACUGGCAUCUCUGCAAAGAGCUGGUCAUGGAGAUAUAGUCGACACCCCAGAAGGCAAGACAUACCUCGUUCAUUUGACCGGUCGCCCAACUACCCAGGCCCGCCGCUGCGUUCUUGGACGCGAGACAGCGAUUCAAGAGGCUUACUGGGACAAGGAUGACUGGCUGUAUGUCAAGAAUGGACCUGUUCCGUCUCUCCAUGUCGAACUGCCAGCACAGCGCGACGACAGCUCCUAUUGGUCUGAGCAGCGCUACCUUUUCGACAGCAGCGACGGUAUCCACAAGGAUUUCCAAUGGCUCCGUACACCAGAACCAGAACGUAUCUUUAGUACUAAAAAUGGUCUGCACCUCGUUGGACGCGAGGCGAUCGGAUCCUGGUUUGAGCAAGCUCUUGUUGCACGUCGCCAAACGCAUUUCUCGUACGACGCCGAAACAGUCGUUAGCUUCAGUCCAGACGACGAACGCACUUAUGCAGGCCUGACUGCUUACUAUUGUCGAUUCAACUUCUUUUACCUGACCGUUACUGCCGACUCUGACGGUCAGCGCGAACUCCUCAUCUUAAGCUCGGAAGCUUCAUGGCCGGAUGGAAAUCUGAAACUCCCCCUCGCAGAUCCGGUGCCGCUGCCGCAAGAGGGCAAAGUUAGAUUGGCGCUGAGCAUUCGGGGUAAAGAGCUCCAAUUUCGCUACGCUCUGGAGGGACAGGCGGACCUGACAGACAUUGGACCUGUCUACGAUGCUUCGAUCUUGAGUGAUGAGUGUGGCGGUCAUCAAGCACACGGGAGCUUUACUGGCGCAUUUGUGGGCAUGGCAGCAUCUGAUAUCAAUGGCACAGAAAAGGUAGCGUCAUUUGAUUACUUUCUAUACACGCCCGUAAAGCAUAGUACAGACCGCUACGAUAUGUGA